CGUACGAGCAGCAAGAGGGACUGGAAGCUCCCGGUUCUCCCAUCGCAUCCGGCUGACGCCCGCAGCUCUCUCCACCUCCUGCACCCCGACGCCUGCCCACGAUGGUCGCCUCUGUGAAGCUCUGGCCCAUGCUGGUUGCCGUGACCCUCUGUGUGCUGUUCUGCUUGGGGGCGCUGGUGGAGGCCUACCCCCCCAAACCAGAGAACCCCGGAGACGACGCCUCCCCGGAAGAAAUGGCCAAAUACUUCUCCGCCCUGCGGCAUUACAUUAACCUAGUGACAAGGCAGCGGUACGGGAAGAGAUCCAGCCCAGAGGCCCUGAUGUCCGAGCUGAUCUUCGGGGACAGCAGCGACCACACCGGCAGAUCGCGGUACGAGGACUCCUACCUAUGGUGACGGGCUGCCCCCUCCCCACCCCCCACGGCCUCUUUUUAAAUGUUCCCAAGUCUUCUGGUGUCAUUUGCGUUUUUAAUUGAGCCCUGAGGAGCUGGAAAUCUCUCUGCAAAGAAGGUCUUCCCUCCUCCCCCCCACCCCCUUUUCCGGCCCCCUCCCCAACCCCACCGCAGCCCCCUCCGAGGCACCGAGACCUCCCCCCGCCCCCCGUACAGCACCUGGAGAGGCCGCACCACAGUGCCUGAGGACAGCCCGGUGCUAAGGACGCCCCCCCACGGCGUGGGUCACAGGGAUGGAUGUGGGUCUGGGGGGUGGGGUGGGGCGGGGGGCCUCUCUGGGUUGUCGUUGUAAUGAUGUCUGUGUGCCGUGGCCACUCUGAGCAGCUGGAUCCCGACCCCUCGUUGUCCCCCCGAAUCGGGUUGAUUUUAUUUUGUACGUCGUUUAUAUACAUAUAUUUCCAGUGGAGUCUCUGAACUCUGCCUCCAUAAUAAAGAGCAAGUUGAACGGAAA